UAUACCCUCGUGAAUUUCAUGUGCUUAGGGACCCGCAACGGCCACCUUCCCCCAACCAUUCUGACAGCAUGAAAACCUAGUAGGGGCCGGCCCGUCAAUACCGGAAAUCUUAUUUGUAGAAUAGGGCAGACAAGCAGAGUGCAUGCAUACAAAGAAAUACCCAAGUAUGGCGUAGUCAAUAGAAAGAAGACAGGGUUAUAAUUUCAAACCAUGGAGCAGAAAGUAGAGACCGUGAACUGUCUUUGUUAAGACUGUUAUCAUUGGAUCUUGUAAAGGGGGGUUGUGAAAGAAAAAGGUGGAGUAUAUGCGGUUGGAGUGUGUAGACUGGGGAGAUUAUUACCAGAUAUGUGCGCAAAUCUACACUUCCUUUUCUAACUAUUUUUAACUCAAACUUUUUUUUUUAGAAACCAGAAUAGAAAGGCAGAAGUUAAAACCCAAAAUACAAAGCACACAGACUGUUGGAGUGGCACCACAGAAUAUGUGACUCUGUUUUGACUAUACCGCCCAAAGCUUCCCCUUUAAAUUCUCGUCUGCCAUUCGUUUCCUUGGGCUCUUCUACACCUCGCCUUUACACCCACAAGCUCUCUCUCUCUCUCUCUCUCUCUCUCUCUAUCUCACACAAAUACCAAAAAAAAAAAGAAGGAAAACAGAUACACAACAUAUUCUCAAGAGAUGGGGUCACCAGUUUGUGCCUUUCUCAAACAAAACAACAUUAUAUUCCUUCGAUUUUUUGCUAUUCUGGUGUUGAGCUGUAUCCCUGAUGGAACCAACCUCUGUUCUAACCCCUCUUUUGACACCCCAACCAUUCCACCUCAUUCAAGCUCCUCCAGCAUUCCCUCCUCUUUGAAAACACUUACUCUGGAUGGCUACUUCAGUUUUGAGAACCUCAAACAUGCUGCAAAAGACUUCGGUAACAUAUGCCACUACCUCCCCAUAGCAGUUCUACACCCAAAAUCAGUUUCUGAUAUUUCUUCCACAAUUAAACACAUCCUGUAUAUGAGUUCAGUAACAAAGUUAACAGUAGCAGCUAGAGGCCGUGGUCACUCCCUACAAGGUCAGGCACAAGCCUAUCAAGGUGUGGUUAUCAAUAUGGAAUCACUUGAUCGACCAAGCAUGUAUAUUGAAAAUGGUGAGGUGCCUUAUGUGGAUGUUUCGGGCAGUGAGUUAUGGAUAAACAUCCUGCAUGAGACUCUUAAAUAUGGACUUUCACCAAAGUCUUGGACAGACUACCUUCACCUAACUGUAGGAGGUACUUUAUCAAAUGCCGGAAUAAGUGGUCAAGCAUUUCGGCAUGGACCCCAGAUUGAUAACGUUUACCAACUAGAGGUUGUGACAGGAAGAGGAGAAGUAGUUACCUGUUCAGAUAAGGAGAACGCUGAUCUUUUUUAUGGUGUUCUUGGGGGACUAGGGCAAUUUGGCAUCAUCACCCGGGCUCGAAUAUCUCUUGGACCAGCAGAAAAGAUGGUGAAAUGGAUCAGGGUUCUUUACUCUGAAUUCUCUACAUUUUCCAAUGACCAAGAGCAUUUAAUAUCAUCCAAUAAUUCAUUCGACUACAUCGAAGGGUUCGUUAUGAUAAACAGAACUGGUCUCCUCAACAACUGGAGAUCUUCCUUCAAUCCCAAAGACCCAAUUCAAGCUAGUCAAUUCAGUUCAGAUGGGAAAAUACUUUACUGUCUAGAAAUGGUCAAAUACUUCAACCCAGAGAAGAUAGAUGUUUUGAACCAGGAUAUUGAGAAGUUGUUGUCCGAAUUAAACUAUAUCCCAUCCACACUCUUUCUAUCUGAAGUUUCUUAUGUGGAAUUCCUCGAUAGAGUGCACUUGUCUGAGAUAAAACUCAGAUCAAAAGGAUUAUGGGAAGUUCCUCAUCCAUGGCUGAAUCUUCUUAUACCCAAAAGCAGAAUUUUAGACUUUGCUGAAGGGGUCUUUGGUAAUAUUGUGAAAGACAACAAUAAUGGUCCUAUCCUCAUUUACCCAGUCAACAAGGCCAAAUGGAACAACAGAACAUCCAUGGUUACCCCAGAGGAAGAUAUAAUUUACCUGGUGGCAUUCCUAUCAUCCGCACUCCCAGGAACUGAUGGCCUAGAACACAUUAUGACCCAAAACCAACAUAUUCUUGAUUUCUGCGCCAAGGCGCAACUUGGGGCAAAGCAAUAUUUGCCCCAUUACCACACCCAAGAUGAGUGGCAAGCUCAUUUUGGUACUCAGUGGGAAACUUUUGUACAGAGAAAAUCUGCAUAUGACCCUUUGGCGAUCCUUGCUCCUGGACAAAGAAUCUUCCAAAAGGCAAUAUCAAUCACAUAACAGGGCCUUUUGCUGAUGCCAUAUAUUAAACAGAGAGCACUAAUGUCAUACAGAGUGGUCUGCCUAGACCUGUAAGUUAUGGCCAAUGAAAAUUUCCCCUUGUUAUUCAGCACCAACAACACUCCUAAGAACGAUAGGAAAGCAGUAGAUUAUUAGACAAUUUUGUUUAUAAAUAGAAAUGUUCAGCAAUCACAAAAUUGCCUUGUACAAAGAACUUAUAACGUAGCCUCACAAAGGGCAUUUUAAGCAUGUUAUAAAGAGUCAUACAUAUUGUCCUGAUAUAA